CUUGUUUAUAUUCAAUUUUUGGUUAUGUUCAGCAUUUUUCAAGUUUGUCUAAUGCGCAGUGGAGUUGACAAACAUAAACACUGACGGGCUGAUCAUCGACAAUAUCAAUAUAUAGCGUGAAAUUGAUAUUAUUUCUUUUAAAUAAUUUACAACAAAGCGAAUACAAACAAUGGCCCCACGGAAGAAGUCAUUGCCACAAGAGUUUUCUUCAGCAACAAAAAAAAAGUGGGACGAAGAUGAGAAAACAACAUUGCUGUCAGCUUUACAAAAGUAUGGUUAUACUGAUAUUGAUAACAUAGCCAAAGAAUUCCCACAUAAAACGAAAGCAGCUGUUCGAGCAAUGAUUAAUAAAUUAUAUGCUAUUGCACAAAAAAGUAAUACGACACAAAGUGAUCACAUUGAUGCUUGGUUAGAAUCAGAGUAUUUUUCUAAUACAAAUACUAUGAUUCCUGAAGCAUUAAGAUUCAUUUCAUUAUUUGAAGAUCACCCACCACCAGAAGAUUCAGCUGGAUGUGACUUUAAAGCUCUUUAUGAUUUAUUACAUCGAGCAACUUUAGGACAGCCUUUUAUUAAUUCAACUCCAAUGACUCUAGAAACAAUUUUCUAUAUUUUGAAACAAAUAACAGAAGAAGUGUGGCCAAAAUGUGAAGAAGAAGUUGAUUUAUAUCUUGAAAAUUUGUUACAACAAAAAACGAGAAAGGUGUAUGGGCCAAAAAAAAUGAAAAACACAAAUUAAAUUAAAAUACAAUUACUUAUAAUAAUAAUUUAUGUAAUAUGUAUAAGUAAAUAAAAGUUAUAUUUCUUUUUUUUUCUUAAUGUACAAUAUGACUACUUGAAUAUAAUUGUCUAGAUGUAAUAUUUUUUUAAUAAUAUAAAAAUUAAUGCUGCUUAA